CGACAUAUUUUAAAUAUAUUAUUUAACUUAUCAUUCGUGUUUCGUCACAUGUCAGUUUUUGUCUGUCACACGGUCAAAAGUAAACAAUCACAAACGGUAGAUGCAUAAAGUGCGUAAUCAGAAAUUAAUUUAAAUGAUAUAUUUAAUUGUUUAAAACUGUGUGAUGUACCGGUGUGGUUACCAUCAUGGCAAAUAUUUGUUGUAUAUGCGGGAAAACGAAAUGUUCGUAUAAAUGUCCUGUAUGUGAAGAAGCUUAUUGUUCCAUAGGUUGCUGUAAGGCGCAUAAACAAAAUAAUUGUCAGCCACCAAAGUCUCAGGAGAACAAAGUUAUAGAAGAUACGAAGAAUAAAAUUAAUUAUGAUUUCCCAACAGAAGACACAGUUCCCAUUGAAAAAUUGAACCAGUUACGUCAUAGCGAAGAAUUGAAGAACUGCUUAAAGAAUCCGCAUGUACGAAAUAUAAUGCGUGGAAUCUUAACAGAUAAGAAUCCAACAAGUGCUAUCGCUUCAGCUAUGACUGAACCAAUAUUCGUAGAAAUGGCAGAUGCUUGUUUGAAAGUUGUCGAACCUGAAGUUAAUGACGAAUUAUGUUAAUAUAUAUAGAUCUAUAUCGCAUUAGAACACGUACAAGGAAAUUACAAUAAAAUAUUUCUAUAUAUUUAUACUUCUCCUUCGUAUCUAUAUAAUCGGUAAUAUAUUUUCUUUAGCUUAAAUAGCAUUAUAGUUAAUCAAAUGAAUUUUUAAAUUGUUAUAAAUAGAUAUAAAAUAACAAAUGUUAUAUUAAAUGUUAUAAAUGUUAUAUUUUGUAUAAAAACAUUUAUUAAAAAAUCAAUGUAAAACUUGCAUUAAACAUAAAAUGAUAAUAACUGAUGUAUGCUCAUAUAAUGGUGGCAAUAUGUAGACUUCAGGGAUGGUAGCAUUUUCAUAAAGAUGAAGAUUACAUAUUAAAAGAGAAACAAACAAGCAAAUAAUUUUGAUACAAUGUUUACAUAUAGAUAAAUAACAAAUUGUUCUCUUUAAAAAGUGAUUAACAAAAAUAGCAAAAUACUAAAAGAUAUGAUAAUCAAAGCCUUGAAUGAAAGGAAUAGUGAAGCGAUAUAUAGUCUUCGAGAUCUGUCGGUAUUUCUGUUCCGUCCAAUUCCUUUUGAAGAAAAUGAUAUCUUUUUCGAACAUGAUAAGCUGCCAUUUUUGGUUGUCUAUCUCUUGUAAAUACACCUUUCUUGUUGCCACCUACUCGAAUGAAUGCUAUAAACAUACAUUUAUUAUUAACUAUUAGUGUUUGUAUUAAUUAAUAGCUUUAAUUGUUUUUUUUCUUCUCGAUACUUUUGCUUACUUUGAGCUGUUCGAAAGUCGGCAAAAUUCCAAAUAAAUUCCCCAAUAAAAAAUCCUUCGUUUCUUAGUUGAUCAAAGGCUUCAAAAUGUUUAGAUAAUACUUCUUUCUGAUACUCUUCGCUCCAUAUAUAUUCAGGCAACUGGAAAAUAACGAACAGUGUUAAUAAAUUUGAACUACAGUCCAAAGAAGUUCUUUUAAUUAAGAUUUAAAAGAUUUUAUCUAUACUAAAGUAGUUGUUAACAAUUUAUAGAUUGCAGCAAUACAUAUAUAGAUUCAAAAUGAUAUUUUAUUCCUAGUGAAAUGUUUCCUAAUAUUUAAUACGAAACGUAUCAGCAAAAGGAUUAACACUAAACUCAACUAAUUAAAUAUGAAUGAAAGAUGUAAUUAGAUCUUGUAAUUAGCUGAAAGACAAUAAAAUAUCGUCGACAUUAAUAUUAAUAUAUAUGUAUAUAUUGACAAUUACUUCUGAUGUUUAAGUCAUAAGUUUGCAACGCGGAAAAUCCUAAAGCAUAAAAAAAAUUAAAAGAUGCUACUGUUUUUUAUUUGGUUUGAAUUCCAUGUAAUUACUGGAUAACUUACCUCGUGUAAUCCAGGCAUAGUAUCAGCUCCAUACUCGGACAUAAGCACAGGCUUAUUAUAUUUUCUGUGCCACGCUUCAGCCUCUUCUAUAACUCUGGUCGUUAUUGUAUCGAGCCGACCUGGGUUAUUAUACCAAGCGUUAUAACGAUUAAAGCUAAUUACAUCCAGGUAUUCGCCUGCUUUGUCUUCCUACAAAAUAAUCAUGUGAUUUUUAUUAAAGAUUCGAGUCAAAUGUAUUAAUUUUUGUAAAUUAACGCAUGUAUUUGGAUAUCGAAGAAAAAUUCGUUUAGUUAUGCCACAAAUGUACAUAACACUUUUUCCAAGAAUAAAGUAUUAACAUUUCAAACU